AUGCCAGUAUCGCCAUAUGAGUUGACAAAUGCUCCGUCCCAGCUCGAUAGGGAGUUCUCCCGCAUUUCCGCCCCUCGAGUUCAAACCAGCCGUGACGUAACUCUGCGAAGGGACGCCUCAAACACCGAUUCCUUGGACUGGUAUGGCUCAGAAGAUCCUGACAACCCAUACAAUUGGCCAUCGAGGAAGAAAUGGAUAAUUACUGCAAUUGCCAUUCUAGCAACUUUCACUACGCUCUUGAACGGAACCAUCAUUACCGUGGCCCAUGAAGCGAUCAAUGAAGAGUUUGGUGUCAGCGAUGAGCGUUUUCCCAACUCUUAUUGGCCCGUUACUUCGUGGGCUCUCGGAGGUGCAGUCUGCUCCCUAGUCGUUUUACCACUUAUGGAAGACUUCGGUAUUCGAGCGGGAUUCUUGCUGACCUAUGGAGUCUUCAUAUGCUUUGUGAUUCCACAGGCUGUGGCACAAAAUUUCGCGACUUUGAUCGUUUCUCGAUUUUUUUCUGGUGGCUGCGUUUCGAUUUUAGCGAAUACCUCAGCUAGCGUCAUUGGAAAUAUUUGGGAAGACGAACGUGGACGUACGAUCCCAAUGGCGUUCUAUGUGACUGCUUACCUCACUGGUAGUAGCAUGGGACCGGUUAUUGGGGGCAUCAUCUUCCAAUCCUUGGGUUGGCGGUGGAUUUCAUACAUGCAGCUGAUUUGGUAUGGCGGUCUCGCUCCUGUUUACUUUUUCUUCUUUGUGGAGACAAGAGGCUCUGUCGUUCUCCAAAGGCGCACAAAGAACAAAUCGAAGACACACACGGAGCAUCGUACGCUAGAACGGCAGCAGGAAAAGCCUCUCCUGAAAAAGCUUAGCGAUAGCAUACGUCGACCUAUCUAUAUGCUGGUCACCGAGCCUGUGGUUUUUGUCUUCACAAUCUGGUCAGCAUUCAUGGUCGGUACGGUUUACUUGUUCACGCAGUCAGUUGAGCAGGUAUUUGCUGGACUUUAUGGCUGGAACGCAUCUCAGGCGGGCUACGUUCAAGCCGCUGUGGUCAUCGGCGAGUGCAUUGGCUGGGUCGGUGCUUUGAUAUCCGCAAAGCUAUAUUUUGCGUCUGGAUCAAGAAAUCAGGAGAUUCCGGGAUCUCCUAUACCAGAAGCACGUCUCUACAUGAGCCUGGUCGGGAGUUUUGUGGGAGUGACCGGAGGUAUGUUUGUGUAUGGAUGGACAUCGUACGAGUCCCUUCCGUGGAUAGCCCCCGCAAUUGGCCUUGCCAUGGUUGGGUUUGGAACAAACGUGGUGGUGAUCGCCAUUGCCGAUUAUGUUGUUGAUGCAUACAGCAAAUACGCGGGAAGCGCGGUUGCCGCGAUCGUGCUGGGCGAAAACAUAUUUGCAGCGUUUCUUCCACUCGCGGCACAGAGCAUGUAUACAAAUCUCGGGUUUCAAUGGGGCAGCACUCUUCUUGGAUUUUUAGCACUUGUCCUUUCGUUUGCACCUGUGGUAAUCAUCUUGUUUGGUCGGCGCAUUCGAGCUCGCAGCCCAUUCAUGAAGGAAGCCACAGUUGACAGAGCAAAAAACGCUCCUGUUUUGGAAUAG